AUGUUGCUCUUCAAUCUAGUUACCUUCACUAUCUGGGUAGCGUUGUUUGCUGCUCAGGUCUCGGCGACGCUCUUCAAUGACAGGCUCCCUCUUUGGGCUUCCCGACGCAUCGGACGCAACAAAUGGCGUCCAGAAUACCGCCUCUACAGCAUGUUUCUCCCCGCAAUGAUUUCCCCAAUCGGGCUCGGAAUAUUUGGGGCUGGACUGCAGUAUCAUUUGCACUACAUGGUACUAGCUCUGGGCACCUUUAUGGUCAACUUCUCCGCUCUGCUGUGCGUUCCUGUAUGCAUCAACUACGUUGUUGAGUGCUUUGUUGGACAUCCAGUCGAGGUGUCUGUGGUCAUGAACGUAUAUCGGCUCGCACUGGGGCUUUCUAUUCCUUUCUUCUUCGAACAAUGGGUCGAAGCUGUUGGUGUUGGCUGGGUCUUUGGCAUGGCGGCGUUUUUCUCGUUGUUUGCUAUGAUCCUUAUGUUUGUGCUGAGCUGA